AUGGUGCCUAAUAUGGUGGCUCCGCGGCUUUCGAAUCCAUUGCUGCCAGAACAACCAUUGAUGAAAUCUGGAGGUGUGGAACAAUUCAACCAAGUUCCAUUGUCGACCCCUGAUGUCUACAAUAAUCUUAAUAACUUCACAAUGAAUGGACCUACCCCAGUACUAUCUAGGACCCAACAAGCAUCUGAAAAGCAACAACAGGCAAGUGGAGUCCCCACGAUGGGAGCUGAUCAUCAUCCUCAACAUGACAACUUUGAGCUUCCUGAAUCAUCUUGUAUGCAGUCCAGGCUAACCGAUGAGGAACUUCGGGAGUUGAUGAAUGCUGCUAACAAGGCUAAACCAGUUGCUGCUGUCCCUCCAUAUCAGAAUUACAUUCUAAACUCACUCACCGAACGAGAAAGGAAGGAUAAGAACACUGGAGUCAAAGUUCCUACACAAAGCAAACCAUCAGCGAUCAAACCCAAAGAGCAUGGAACAUCAGGACGUCCUCGUGGCCGGUCUUCAAAACGCCGAGAGGGAGGCUCAUCUGUGCCAUCUAAGCGGUCAAGGAGGGAAGCAGCAAAUAAACAAGAAAAGACUUCAGCGGCAACCAAAACUGCUCAGGAAAUAGUCAUCACCGCGGACAACAUUUUUACCAAUCCUUCUUUGAUCAGGCGUGUUAAAAAUGCUGUUUACGACCCAAUGUUUGAGGGGAUGGGUCUACCUAUCGACCCACAUCUUCGAAUGUUUACCGCAACCAACAACAAGCCUAAUUAAUGGUAAUUCCUCCACUUCAUUUUAAAAUUUCUAAUUUUUUUUUUUUUCAUUUCAUUUAUGCAAUCAAAAUGUUUAUUCACUUUUACCUAAGUAUGCUCUCUGCUUCACCAUUUAUUUCAUAGGAUACAGGAUGUGAGCAAAGGGUUUUGCGUCUCAAUAAGGAUCUAAUGCUUUUGUUAAUCAACUUGUUAGAGUACCUGUUCUUCUUUUCCUGUAGUUGAAUCCAAGAACAUGUAUAAUCUUGACAAGGGCUGCUAGCAAAGCUCAAACUUCAAAUAGAAGAUCCAGUUAUCUUUAUCAAUAACCAUCGUUGAUUCUUAUAUCAUGCUUGAAUGGUUGUUAAUAUAACAAAAUAAAAUACAGAAAAAUUAGAUGCAACGGAAGUUGUGUAGGAAAUUACUACUACAGUUACAUCAAUACAAAUACAUAAAUCAGCUAUUGAAGAAUGCUCAUUCUAAGAUAAUUUCAACAAACUGAUCUGUUUUUAGAGUUUGAAGAAAUUAUCCACAUAUAUAUUUACUUGGACAGCCUCCUAAUACCUAGGUUUAAUUAGACAGGCAUUACAGGGUCAAAAUCUAGACUAGAGUUGGACUGGUCUCCUCAGAACAAUGUUAAGCACAAUGACCAUCUUACUCUAUUUCUACAAUUAUCAAUAACAAUAAAGCUGGUCUCCAACAUAAGGUGGCCCUAAUCCUUAAGUUAGUCUCAAGGGUAAAUAUAGAAGAGCUGUUGGCUGGAUUACCAAAAGGCCAGCACCCAAGAGUUAUUACCUAUCUGGGAGGCUGAACAACCAGCAGAAUUUGCUUCUAUUUUACAAAAGGAUGUGUUGCAAUUGCAAUGCUUGGCUUUUCUAUAGUGAAAGUAAUUUUCUUACUUAAAGAAAUAGGAAAAGGAAAAAAGAAGCUGUCAUGAGAAGGUAAAAAUAAAGAUCACCUCUCCUGUUUCCAUUGUAUCUAAAACAAAAUCUUACAACCAGAUAAUCAAAUUCAAUAUGCCUUUAAAGUUGAGAAAAUUUAACAUACCACCAAUUACUAGCUAUCAUAAGCUAU